CUCACGCUGCUGUCCGCCGCUCCCAUGCGUAAAUAUCCCAAAUUGAAACUCACGCCUUGUCCAGACGGAGACGCGGGGCGCAGCGAGGACAGCGGACGGAGCGUUUCUGUGCCCUGAUGGUUCAGAGUAACCGGUGGGGGCGGUUGGAUUCGACUUUGCUUCUCACCUGAGGAGGAGUGUGGUGGGCCGCCUUCUAUAUGCAAAGACUCGCCGGCGCAUACCUGCUUUGAGGCUGACGCGAGGAAGAAGAUGUGGAUAUUUCACGGCGCCGACAGUUCAACGCGUCUUUGGCCCACUUGGACUCGGUGGUGUGUGUGUUACGCCGCGGCGGCGCUGUGUGUGUUGUGUUCUCCCGUCAGGACGCACGACGCCUGUCCGGCGUCCUGCGCCUGUGCCAGGGACUCGGGGACGGUGACCUGCCGCGACGGGGGCGACUCCGAGGUGCCGGGGGACGUACCGGACUGGACGGCCACCUUGAUACUCGUGGGGAGGAACAUCUCAACUUUGCAGCGCGGUGCGUUCAUGAGCAACGGCACGGAGUUGGACAUGACGACACUCUCGCUGUCCUACAACGGGAUUCGGGCCAUCGAACCGUACGCCUUCCUGGGGCUCCCCCGACUGCAUUUGCUGGACCUGAGCCACAACCAGUUGGAGUCCAUCUCGGCCAGGGCUUUCCACGGAUUACCCGAGCUGCGCUCUCUUUACCUGAACGACUCUUUGUUGCCCUCGGCGGCGGCGCAGCUCUCGAAUGCGCUCAGCGCGCAAAGUUUGCGCAACCUCCACAGACUGGAGCUGGCGGGAAACCGACUGAAAUCCAUACCCCUGGUGACAUUAGACUCGUAUAACCUCCACGCGUUGGUGCUGGUGAACAACUCCAUAGAGAGCAUCGGGUGGGAAAACGUGACCAAUCUGUACCAACUGAAGCGCAUACGCGUCUACUUGUCCUCGAACCCGUUUCGGUGCAACUGUGGACUGGAGGCGUUCUACUACUGGUUGAAGAACUCGUCCCAGUGCGCGGAUGCUGGGCGUCUCCUGUGCAGCGAGCCGGAGGCCAAGAGGGGGGUCCCCGUGGAGAAGCUCCGGGGAGAGGACGUGGAUUGCAUGACCGAGAACCUCGAGGCGGUUUCCUACGUGUUCCUCGGUUUGGUGCUGGCCCUGAUCGGGGUGGUGUUUCUGAUGGUGCUCUAUCUCAACCGGGGCGGCAUCAAGCGGUGGCUCAACAACAUCAGAGAGGCGUGUCGAGACCACAUGGAGGUCUACCACUACCGCUACGAGCAGGACUCCGACCCGAGACUGGCCAACGUGGCCGUUUGACGCACCGGCGCGCCAUGGCAGGACCAGCUGGGCGAGCUGGUUAUCAUUAAGGGGACAUCGGGGACAUUACCUGGCAGUGUCUUGUCAGAAUCAUGAAAAUCAAUAUUUUUUAUUAAUUUCAAAACAGUUUCAUCAUUUCCCAUUGCAAGUGGUAUAACCCUCUCACUCUGGGAUAUGCACAAGAGCCAAAGACAUUCAAAUGACUAUAAGAGACCAUAAAGUGUUCGUCUUGCACAACUGAAUACUUCAACUUCUGAGCAGUAGCCUAC